GCAAUAUUUUCAAUUUUGGCAAUUCACAAAUUGCGUUUGUCAUGAAGAGGUAUCGAAAAUUUGUUUAUCAAAUAAUGUAUUCUUUAAUUACUUUCUUGUCCACGAGUACGAUCGAAAACCGUUCAAAAUGAAACUAGUGUCUCAAGAUAUCGAUAAAAACAAUGAGGGUCAAGUUACCCUUGUACCCGAAGAACGCGAGGAUAUGUGGCACGCUUACAACCUCAUAUCCGAAGGAGAUUCAGUUCGAAGUACGACAAUUAGAAAGGUUCAAACCGAAUCAUCCACCGGUUCUUCUUCGUCCAGUAGAAUCCGAACAACCCUUACCAUCACCGUAGAAUCCAUAGAUUUCGAUACUCAGGCGUGCAUGUUACGAUUGAAAGGAAGAAACAUUGAAGAAAAUCAGUACGUCAAAAUGGGUGCUUAUCACACGUUAGACCUUGAACUGAACAGGAAAUUCACUCUCAAGAAGCACGAAUGGGAUUCCGUGUCGCUCGAACGCAUCGACAUGGCCUGCGAUCCUACGAAGCUCGCAGACGUGGCUGCUGUCAUAAUGCAAGAAGGCCUGGCCCACGUCUGUCUCAUCACAUCGAGCAUGACUUUGGUUCGAGCCAAAAUCGACGUGACCAUCCCGAGAAAGAGAAAGGGAUACGUUCAGCAGCACGAGAAGGGUUUGGCAAAGUUUUACGAUCAAGUAAUGCAGGCUAUUCUUCGACACAUUGACUUCAAUAUCGUAAAAUGCGUGUUAGUUGCUUCCCCAGGUUUCGUUAAAGAUCAAUUUUACGAUUACAUGUUCCAAACAGCGGCUAAAACCGACAAUAAACUUUUACUAGAGAAUAAGUCGAAGUUUAAGCUUAUUCACGCUUCUUCGGGUUUUAAGCAUUCUUUAAAAGAGGUUCUUCAAGAUCCGCAGGUUAUUAACAAAAUAUCCGAUACGAAAGCUGCUGGUGAGGUGAAAGCACUGGAGGCUUUCUAUACGACGCUUCAGAUUGAUCCUUUGAAGGCUUUUUAUGGCAAGAAGCAUUGUGAAAAAGCGAACGACGAGCGUGCUAUAGAAACCUUGUUGAUAUCUGAUAGCUUAUUCAGAUGUCAAGACGUUCAACUGCGUAAGGAGUAUGUUAAUUUGGUGGAUUCUGUGAGAGAAUCUGGAGGAGACGUUAAGAUAUUUUCCAGUCUACAUGUCUCGGGAGAACAACUAGAACAAUUGACUGGGGUUGCAGCCAUUUUGAGAUUUCCCAUGGAAUUAGAAGACGAAGACGACGAGGAAAUCAAUUAAUUUUCAUUCGCUAUAAUUUAAACUGUUGAAUAUCAAUCAAUUUUUCUUGUUUAUUGAUUUAUUUAACUCCUUAGCUAAUGCAAAUUAUUUUUUAAAGUGUUACGUAUUUUUGUACAAUAUUUAUUUGCUCAAAUACAAGUUUAAUUUGCAGUACUUUUAAAUGAAGUUUUACAGGGGGUAACACAGUGGAAUUUGAAAAUGUUCUAAUCUUAAAUAAUCGGAUGUAAAUUAGUUUUUUAAUGAAUUGUUAUGUAUGUUUUGUAAUGGAAAUGUUGUUCUAAGUGUACAUUAGUGGAUUUGAUGUACAUUAUAGGUAAUUUAUUUUUUAGCAAAUUUUUUCGUAAAUAAAAUUUGAAUAGCAC